AUGCAGAAGCUGAAGGAUCCUUUGCCUGCAGCUCGAGGCGGGCUGAGGCUUGGGAAGGCGGCUCAACCCGCCGAUUGCUGCAACAAGUGCCGCGAACAGGCGAACUGCAGUUACUGGAACUACUUCGUAGACACUGGGCUGUGUUACCUAUACACCGCAAGCCUGUGCAGCAGCGACAACUCGGCCGAAAUUAAGAGGACUGUCUACACGCCCAAAGACCCGAAAUCAUAUGUCGGUGGUCGGUGCAACGGCGAUGCUCCCAAGAAGGACAAGAACUUACCAGCCAUCUCCUCCUCGCUGCAAACCUCCCUCCCGGAGCGCUCCUUCUGCCUCUUCUCCGAUCCCGAACUCCACAUCAACAUGCGCCUCGGCGGCUACCUCGACCGCCGCACCACGCUCGCCAACCCCGCCAAUCAGCCCACUCCACGUGUCUGGAUCCGCGAGCUCGGUUUCGUGUGGCAGGCGCCGGCCGCAGGCGAGGAGAGCACUGGAAAGGGCGGAAAGGACAGGCCAGUGCACACUGUGCGAUUCGUGUCGCGCCGCGGGCCGCAAGAGGCGCGGGGGGAUGGCUACUUGGCCGCCCUGGAAGUUGACGGAACACUUGUUCCCAGGCUCAUGCUCGGCGACGAGCUAUCUCUCUUCGACGGCCAAGCCAUCGUCACCAUGGACGCGCACGAGAAGUCAGGCCCGGGCAGUGCUGACGUUGACAAGUACACGAUCCGCAUCGAGGGCCUUCUGGAAGCCGAGAUCCGCCAUUUCCUGCCGUCUGCUCGCGAGAUGCGGAGGCGUUUCACAAUUUCUGACAUAAUUGGUGAGGGUACUUCAGGACGAAUUUGGCGAUGCUUCGACCGAACCUCAGGGAGUCCUUAUGCCUGCAAAGAGAUUCUAAAGUCCGGGCUCACCUCCUUUGAAAUAGAGGGAGUUUACAAUGAGGUGACUACAAUGUGUCUGCUAUCGGCCCAUAAGAAUGUUCUUUCUCUUCACGAGGCGUACGAAGACGACGAUGCGUUUUACCUGAUGACGGAUCUCUGCACGCGUGGCGACCUCUUCGAUCUCAUCGCGGAAACCAACGGCCUGGAUGAACCGACCGCGAGGCACAUAUUUCUUCAGAUUGCUCGAGGUCUCCGCUGGUGCCACCACUUCGACGUGGCUCAUCGCGAUAUCAAGCCCGAAAACAUCAUGCUGACGUCACCCGUGGCCCUUAAAUCUGUACCGAGAUCUGCGCUGACAACCCAGCAUCAACAAGCUACUCCCAUUUCCAAUCCUCGUACAACUCCCUCCGAGUCGGGCGAUAAACAUCUGGAGUCCAAUUGCGGGCUAGAAGAUAUCGAGGUUCGAAUUGGCGACUUCGGAUUGGCUCAACAGAUUCGCGAAGGCGAGGAAUUGAGAAACGUCGUCGGAAGCUAUCCGUACGAGGCGCCAGAGGUGCUCGCUUGUCAGGGCCAUGACCUUAAAGCCGACGUUUGGUCUCUAGGCGUGGUUCUCUACAUGAUGGUAUGCGCCGACUGGCCCGCCUUUCCUAACAAUCACAGGGAAUUGCUGCCGGUCGAUUUCGCCGUCAGUCCUUGGCCGUCCGUGUCGAAAAACCUAAGAGAUCUCGUCCGUCGGAUGAUGGAGGUGGACCCGACGAAGAGACUGAGCAUUGACGGAGUUCUGUCGCAUCCAUGGCUUGUAUCAGCAAACGGAGGCACGAAAGCUCGCAACUCUUGCAUAAUGGAGCGUCUCCUGCCUUCUGCUUUCGAGAUGAGGAAGCGUUUCACAUUUUUCGACAUAAUUGGUGAAGGCAAUUCAGGACUAGUUGGGCGAUGCUACGACCGAAUCUCGGGGAGUCUUCACGCGUGCAAGGAGAUAUUCAAGUCACGGCUUUCCCCCUGCGAAAUAAAGGGAGUAUACAAUGAAGUGGCUAUGAUGAGGCUACUAUCAGGCCACAAGAAUGUGCUUUCUCUUUACAAAGCAUACGAAGACGACAACACGUUUUACCUGAUAACGAAUCUCUGCACGCGAGGGGACCUGUUCGAUCUCAUCGCGGGAACCAAAGGCUUGGAUGAACUGACCGCGAGGCACAUCUUCCUUCAGAUUGCUCGAGGACUCCGCUGGUGCCACCGCUUCAACGUGGCUCAUCGCGACAUUAAGCCCGAAAACAUCCUGCUGACGUCAACUAAGGCUCUUAAAUCUUCGCCAAGAACCCAGUACGAACAGGCUACAACAAUUUCCAGUUUCCGUACUGCUUCCGGUUCGCAAGAUACAUAUCGCCUUGAGUCCAACUGCGGGCUUGCAGAUAUUGAGGUCCGCAUUGGUGACUUCGGAUUGGCUCAGCAGAUCCGCGAUGGCGAAAAUCUGACCGGCGCGGUCGGAAGCCGUCCGUACGAGGCGCCAGAGGUGAUUGCGUGUCAGGAACACGACCUUACAGCCGACGUCUGGUCUCUCGGGGUUUUGCUGCCGGUCGAUUUCGCCGUCAGUCCUUGGCCGUCCGUGUCAAGCAGUCUGAAAGAUCUCGUCCGUCGGAUGAUGGAGGUGGACCCGACGAAGAGACUGAGCAUUGACGGGGUUCUGUCGCAUCCAUGGAUUGUGUCGGCAAGGGGAAGCACAAGAGCUGUCAGCUUGGGAGUCCUGUCACCCGGCAGUAUGAAGGGAACUCGCAACUGUGAAGAAAGCGAGUACUCCUUUUUGGCUUCCUCGCUAAAUGCGCUGUACGGGUGCACUCCACCAUCCCCCCUAACCGCCGAUAAGCGGUGUCAUACACCAACUAGUGUACUUGGAGGUGUUGGCACCAAAUGCUUUGAGCAAUGA